AUGAAAUGUGAUAUUUGUGGAGGAAACCACCCUAAUCAUGAGUGUCAAGCUACUCAAGAAGAGCAUGCCAAUAUGAUAGGAAAUAGACCACCUUACCAAAAUUAUAAUGGCAUGAAUAAUCUGGGCUGGAGGAAUUAUGCAAACCCACCAUGGAACAACAACCAACAGCCGAUGCGGAACAACACACUCCCAAGAUUUCAACAAGCUUCACAUUCACCACCACCCCCAGCUGAAAAGAAGUCAAACCUUGAGGAAUUGAUGACCAAAUUAAUUCAAACUUCAAAAUCUUGGUUCCAAUCCACCGAAAUAGCACUAAGAAAUCAACAAGCUUCUAUCCAUAAUCUAGAAAAUAAGUUAGGUCAAAUUUCUAGACUCCUCUCAGAAAGACCCCAAGGGAGCUUACCUAGCAAUACUGAAACUAAUCCUAAGGAGCAGGGAAAGCAAGAAGUAGAAAAAGCUGCAGUUAAAGAGGAGGAUAAAUGUCAAGAGAAGACUGUGGAAAAGCCCCCUGUAGUGAAAGAAUUCAUACCUCCACUCCCCUACCCAGCAAGAUUGAAGAAGGACAAGGAUGAUGAACAAUUUGGUAAAUUUCUUUCCUUAUUUCGUCAACUUCAUAUCAAUUUACCGUUUGUUGAUGCUUUGGCACAGUUGCCCAAAUACGCCAAAUUUCUGAAGGAUCUAUUGUCCAACAAGAAGAAGCUGGAGGAGUUGGCCAUGGUAACUUUGAAUAAAGAAUGCUCAGCAAUCCUGCAAAACAAGAUGCCCAAAAAAUUGAAGGAUCCAGGGAGUUUUACUCUUCCUUGUCUCAUUGGUAGAUUGAUAGUUGAUAGGGCUUUGGCUGAUUUAAGUGCUAGCAUUAAUUUGAUGCCAUAUUCUGUUUUUAAGAAAUUAGGUUUGGGAUAA